GGGCUUCCGGGAGCACCCGGAAACCCACGUGGCGUCCGCACAGAGUGCCCGGGACGGUCGGCUGCGCGGUUGCUGGCUGCGCUGCCGAGACGAGCUCUUCAGCCCCUCCUGCGCGGGACUCCGGAGUCAUCCACAGAGUCAGAGCAAGUCAGGAGACAGGCGGGGGCUUUGCCGGGGGCUGGACUCCGCAGGCCGAUUCCCACACUUCAGCAGUCUGUGCACACCUGUUGGAUCGCUUCCCCCCACCCUCAGGUCCUCGGAGAUGGCGAUGGCCCUGGCGAUACUGCGGGACUGGUGCAGGUCGAUGGGCGUGAACGCUCAGCGAUCUCUGCUCAUCCUGGGCAUCCCAGAUGACUGCGAAGACCAGGAAUUCCAGGAGGCUGUGCGGGCUGCCCUGCGCUCCCUGGGCAGGUACCGAGUGCUGGGCAAGGGCUACAGAAAGGAGCUGGGGUCGAGGGUUGCCCUGGUCGAGUUUGCUGAGUAUAUAAAUCGAAGCUUGAUCCCCCGCCAAAUACCAGGCAAGGGGGGGCCCUGGACUGUGGCCUGCCUGCCCCAGGCCCCUGAUGCUGAGUCACAGGACAGACCCAGGUUCCCUGCACAGCCCCAGAGACAAGCAGUGGUGGGCAGGGCAGGUGAGGCAGGAACUGCAGGUCGCUCGGGAACUGCAGGGGAGGAGGAAGCCGCAGGGGAGGCGGGAGCCGCAGGUAUGGAGGGAGACGCAGGUGAGGAGGAAGCCGUAGGUGAGGUGGCAGCGGGAGGUGAGGCAGGAGCUGGAGUUGAGGCAGGAGCUGCAGGUGAGACAGGAGGUGCAGGUGAGGGAGGGGCUGGAGGUGAGGCAGGGGCUGGAGGCGAGGAAGGAGCUGCAGAUGAGGAGGGAGCUGCAGGUGAGGAAGGAGCUGCAGGUGAGGCAGGAGCUGGAGGUGAGGAGGGAGCUGCAGGUGAGGCAGGAACUGCAGGUGAGGGAGGGGCUGGAGGUGAGGGAGGGGCUGGAGGUGAGGAAGGAGCUGCAGGUGAGGAGGGAGCUGCACGUAAGGAAGGAGCUGCAGGUGAGGCAGGAGCUGGAGGUGAGGCACGGGAUGGAGGUGAGGCAGGAGCUGCAGGUGAGGCAGGAGGUGCAGGUGAGGCAGGGGAUGGAGGUGAGGCAGGGGCUGCAGGUGAGGCAGGAGCUGAAGGUGAAGCACGAGUGUCAGAUGAGGAGGGAGCCGCAGGUGACAGAAAUGUUGCAGGCGAGGCAGGCCUUGCGAGUAUGGCAGGACCCGCGGGCGAGGCAAUGACUGCGGCUGAGGAAGCAGCCGUGGAAGCGGCAGGCGCCAUGGAUGAGGCAGGGCCCUCGACCCAGCAGUGGAGGCAGGCCUUGCAGCCCGUGCUAGACAACGUGGGCCACCAGGAGCUGGGAACCUUCUCUGGGAUGGAAGAGCCGGGCCCCGGGGAAGAGUCCUUUGAGAGCUGGCUGGAGCAGGCCAACGACAUGCUGCACCUGUGGCGCCACGUGUCUGAGAGGGAGAGGAGGAGGAGGCUGGUGGAGCGCGUGCGCGGCCCCGCGCUGGACCUCCUGUGCGGCCUCCUGGCGGAAGAUCCCGAGCUGGCUGCCCAGGACUGCCUGGCCGCGCUGGUGCAGGUGUUUGGGAACAAGGAGCCCCGGGGGAGUGCUCGGCUGAAGUUCCUGACCUGUGGCCAGCGGCCCCAGGAGACUCUCUCUGCGUACGUGAUGCGCCUGGAAGGCCUGCUGCGGUCGGCCCUGGAGAAGGGGGCCGUCCUCCCGGCCGAGGCGGACCAGGUGCGCGCCCGGCAGGUGCUGAUGCGGGCCCGGCUGAACGACACGCUCCAGGCGACGCUGAGGUGGAUGCAGCUGAUGAGGAGGCCUCCCGGCUUUGUGGGGAUGCUGCGGCUCCUCGAGUUGACCGAGGCCUGGGAGGCCUACCGGGCUAGCAGGGAGCAGUUCCCAGGGGAAGAAGAGGCCCGUGUGGACGUCGGAGACCUGGCAGCAGCCGCCCAGGCCGCCCCGGCCCGUCAGGCCAUCACCGCGGGCGCCGCUGCAGAUGGCACCGAGGCCUCCCCGGCCGGUGAAGAUGCCUCCACCCAGGCCGCCCUUUCCAAGGAAGGUAGCGCCGGGGCCCACCCGGCGCCUGAAGAGGCCAGUGAGGCAGUUGCCGGCACUGCCGAGGCUGGCGAGGCGGGCCCUGAAGACCAUGGUGCCGCCAGGGCAGCCCCUGGCCCUGGGGAGACCAGCAAGGCCUCCGCGGCCACUCAGGAAGAUGGAAGUGCUGCCGGCCCUGCGGGCCUAGGUCCGGCAGGACCCUCACAUGCCCCCGGAGUCCCCGUGCCUGGCCGGAUGGGCAGCGCUUCCCCGGUGGGCCCAGGAGGUCCUGGCUGGGAGCCAGAGGGCCUCGCCCAGGCAGGAGGCCAGGAGGCCGAGGAGACCCCCGAGGAGGGGCUCAAGCCUGUCCCAGAAGAGCCGGGAAAUGAGGCCGGGGCUGCAGAGCUGAGCCCCCCGGGGUCGCCCUCGGGCCAGUAGGCUCAGCAGGCCCCGGGGCCCCCAGGCUUGGAGGCAGGGGGAGGCCAGCCCUGGCAGCCUCCUGGCCCCAUGGUAGGGGCCACUCAAGGUGCCUGGGCCUCCCUCCUGAGAGGGGAUCCCUGUUCAUCAUCCCCUGGGCAGGCUGCUCCCUGUACUGGCAAGCCCCAAUGUGUCCC